AUGACUUCUAAUAGUUUUGUGUAUGAAGGUGUUUAUUUCUUUACAAAUGUAGUAACACCUGAAGAUAUUAUCUCCAUCAGAGAUGAAUUUGUGGUGAGAGAUGAAGAUAUCAUUACACUUUCUUACCCAAAGUCAGGAACCAAUUGGAUGAUAGAGAUUAUUAAUCUCAUACACUGCAAGGGAGACAACACCUGGGUCCAGUCUGUUCCCAACUUCCUACGCUCACCAUGGUUAGAAACAAAAGACGGAUAUAAAAGCGUUAGCAAUAUUAAAGAUGGUGUACGCUUCUAUACCUCCCACCUCCCUAUUCAACUGUUUCCUAAAUCAUUCUUCAAUUCCAAGGCCAAGGUUAUUUACAUCAUCAGAAAUCCUAGAGAUGUUAUGGUUUCUACCUUUUAUUUCUCGAAGGGAAUAAAGUUUGCAAAGCCCCCAGAGAAGUUUGAACAGUUUUUUGACCAUUUUCUUCAGGGAGAAGGUAACUAUGGGACCUGGUUUGACCAUGUUCGUGGCUGGCUGCAAAUGAGAGGUAGAGAGAAUUUCCUGAUGAUAGCAUAUGAGGAGCUGCACCAGGACACAAGAAGGACUGUGGAGAGGAUUAGUCAGUUCUUAGGCAAGAAACUAGAACCCGAGGAACUGGACUCAGUGUUAAAGAAUAUGUCCUUUCAAGUCAUGAAAAGGAAUGACAAGUCCAAUUUUUCUGAAAUUCCAGGACACAUUUUAGAUCUGAGCAAAGCCCCACUGAUGAGAAAAGGAAUCACUGAAGACUGGAAAAAUCAUUUCACCGUGGCCCAGAGCGAAGCUUUCGAUAAGAUAUACCAGGAGAAGAGGGCAGAACUUCCUCAAGGAAUUUUCCCAUGGGAAAAAUGA